AUACGUACAUCCAUAAUACGUCGGGUCUGGCAAGCUACCUAAAAGCUAGCGUCGUUCAACAUAUUCAUCAGUAUGAAGCGGAGGAAGUAGUUUGCGAUCGAUAUUGAGGAUUCAUGACAAACAAGAACAAACACACAUGAUCCACCGCACAAUCAAUGUAACGGGUGUGUAAAAUGAGUUGUCUACAGAGGUGACAAUGUCGCAGCUGUGACUCACCCGAGAAAUAAAAUCACCUACAUAAAACCCUCGUGGCCCCCAAGUAGCAUCAGACCACAGACACGGCGCGCGGGGUAUAUCAGCUGAUACGUAAGGGAAGCAAACACGUAUCCGAGUCAAGAAAGAAAAAAAAGAGAUGGACAGCUUCAUAGGUCAGGCCCAGCGCCGCAUCAGGGAGUCAGCCGCUGUGGCACCCGGGGAACAUGCACCUACACUUCCCGGCCCAGACAAACUCGCGCACGCGAGAGCCUCGCUCCCGGAUGCCGCUCGGACAGACUAUCUCUCCGGCCGCGGACCAGAGGCGACGUUGGACCAUCUACUAGAUGACAUCGUGCCGGGGUUAAAUGGACAGAACAGGAGCGGUCGAUAUUGGGGCUUCGUCACGGGCUCGACGCUCCCGAUCGCCGAGGCCGCGGAUAACAUCGUCAGCGCCUACGACCAGAAUGUCCAAGUACAUCUCCCCAACCAGACGAUUGCCACGGAGGUCGAGGAUGCCGCGCUGAAGAUGCUGCUGCGCCUCCUGCGCCUGGGCGAGCCGGAACAAUGGGAGGGCAGAACGUUCACCACGGGUGCCACGGGAAGCAAUGUCCUCGGACUAGCGUGUGGUCGCGAGGCAGUCAUUACGGCAAGAGUAUCCGACAGCUCCAAAUCCGUCGGCGAACUCGGACUAUUGCGAGCCUGCGCUAAGGCCGGGAUCGAGGAAAUCCAGGUCCUGACCAGCAUGGGACACAGCUCGCUUUCGAAAGCGGCGUCCGUAGUCGGUCUUGGCCGGGCCGCGGUCAAGCUCCUGCCCUUCAGCGAUGCGGAGCCCUGGCGUCUGGAUAUAGAUGCUGUAGAGCGAGAGCUGCGGCGCGAGAACGUCGCUAGUAUCAUUGCGAUUAGCGCGGGCGAGGUCAAUACGGGGCGGUUCGCGACUGCUGGGGUUGAGGAUAUGACGAGGCUUCGACGUCUGGCUGAUCAAUAUCGGGCGUGGAUCCAUGUUGAUGGGGCAUUUGGCGUUUUCGCGCGGAUUCUGCCGGAGAAGGAAGAAUACGCCUCCCUCCACGCGGCUACCGCUGGUCUGGAACUAUGCGACAGUCUGACGAUCGACGGACACAAGUUUCUGAAUGUGCCAUACGACAACGGCAUCUUCUUCACUCGGAAAUCAUCUACUCUCAGCGACGUCUUCAAGAAUCCUAACGCGGCAUACCUCUCCUCGGGCACCGCCGCGGCGUCCGCGAUCCAGAGCCCGCUGAACAUCGGCCUGGAGAACUCGCGGCGUUUCCGCGCGUUCCCCGUCUACGCCGUGUUGAUGAGCGAGGGUCGAGAGGGCAUGUCUGCGAUGAUGGAGAAGAUGGUGCUUACUGCGCGUGCGGUGGCGAGGGCUAUCCGCUCUUGUGGAGACGAGUAUGUGUUACUGCCGGAUGAUGGAUCUACUACGAGCGAUGAGAAUGUUCACAUGGUGGUUUUGUUCCGCGCGAGGGAUGAUGGGUUGAAUAGCGUGCUUGUGCAGGCGAUUAAUGAGGGCAAUGAGUGGUAUGUUAGCGGGAGUAGCUGGGGCGGGAAACCGGCUGUGCGUGUUGCGGUUUCGAGCUGGAGGGCUGACGCGCGGGAUGCGCAUGAUGUUGUUAGGAAGAGCUUGGGGGAGAUAGCGAGGGGGUAUAGGGAGUCGCGGGAAUAGUAUUGAUAUUAGGUAGCUGUAGUUGAAAGAUGGAAAUUAAAAGGGUUAUCCAACGACGUGGUCAACGACGAAUAAGGUGUAUGGUACCAGGAUCGUGAGAAAGCAUGUGCCCUUAUUAUAUCUUGUGAGCUUGUUGACAAAAAAUCUCACCGAAUCAGGUGUCAUGGCUGACGGAACACGUAGGUAAAGGAACGGAAGAGUAUCACCUCCUUAUCACUACUAUCAUCAUUAAUAUAUAUUUAGAGUUGGCGAAUAGAAAUGGUUCUAAG